GCAGGAAAAACACUCAGUGAAAGAAGAUGGAAGGCUGCAUUCUCUCAAGAGGGUUAUUUGGAUAUAGCAGGUGUUCUUAGACGAAUCCAACGAGGGGGGAUUCAUCUAUCAAUUAAAGGGGCCGUAUGGGAGUUCUUGCUGGGCUGUUUUGAUCCCAAUAGCACAUUUGAGGAAAGAAAUGAGCUUCGACAACGGCGGAGAGAGCAAUAUGCUGCAUGGAAAUCUGAAUGCCAAAAGAUAGUACCUGUUAUAGGCAGUGGGAAAUUUACCACAAAUGCUAUAGUCACUGAUGAUGGCCAACCUAUUGAGCUUGCGAACACUACCAGUGAUGCGCAGGAUACUAACAAUGCCAUGCCAGUUGAAAAUGGUGUUUAUGACAAGAAAGUGGUUCAGUGGAAGCUUAACUUGUCGCAAAUUGGUUUGGAUGUUGUUCGCACGGAUCGUUCUCUUGUAUUUUAUGAGAAUCAAGCUAAUCAGGCAAAACUCUGGGAUGUGCUAGCUGUCUAUGCAUGGAUGGAUAAAGAUAUUGGUUAUGUUCAAGGAAUGACAGAUAUUUGCUCCCCAAUGGUUAUUCUACUUGAGAAUGAAGCAGAUGCAUUCUGGUGCUUCGAACGUGCAAUGCGUAGAUUGCGAGAAAAUUUCAAGUCCAGCGCAAAUUCUAUAGGAGUGCAAUCUCAGCUGGGCACCCUUGCGCAAAUUGUUAAAAUUGUUGAUCCAAAGCUUCAUCAACACCUCGAGGAGCUAGAUGGCGGAGAAUAUCUGUUUGCGUUACGUAUGUUGAUGGUACUUUUCAGGAGAGAGCUUUCAUUUGUUGAUGCACUCUAUCUCUGGGAGGUGAUGUGGGCGAUGGAGUACAACCCAAACAUAUAUUCAUUGUACGACAAGACAAUGAAACAACUUCCCGAUAAGUUAAAUGAUACGCAGCUUAAGCAAUAUGGAAAAUAUGAAAGGAGAAUAGUGAGAACUGGUGCAACGAAACACGACGAUGCACUUGCCGUUUUCCUAGUUGUGAGUGUUCUUGAGACGAAGAAAAAACGGCUUAUGAAAGAGGCGAAAGGCCUAGACGAUGUUGUACAGAUCUUGGACGAGAUAACCGGGAAUUUGGAUGCAAAGAAAGCACUAAAGGAGGCUCUAAAGGUUCAUAAGAAGUACAUGAGCAAGGUGAAAAGAGCCUAGAAGAGGCGUGGUAAUCGGCGAAAUGCUUGAGGGAGUUGAUGAUGAGCAUAGAUCCGGUGAUUUCUGAAUAGGGCAACCUUUCGAACUGCUGCCGGAUCCAUGGGCGGGGUGGAGUUGCUAUUCCACACUGCACUAAUUACACUUUGUGCUCCAAUGGUUUUGUUGUACUUUAUAUGUUCAUUCUUUCAUUGAUGAGUGGUUUUUCCUCUUGCAUUUGGUGUAUAAUUGUUUCCAUUUCUACAAAGAAAAAAAAAAAGAAAUUGUACAUAUUCCUCUUGCUCUGAGAUGUACAUGAUGUGUUAUGGUUGUAAUACUUCGAAUCACAUUCCUCAAUAUGAAAAAUAUUGGAACACCAAAUUAUAUGUUUCAUUUUAUCUUAUUUUUA